AUGUAUCGACGACGCGCUCUCUUAAUAAUUGUGUUGCAAUCGCUUACGCAAUCCAAUGUCGGAGCAUCAAAACUUUCGGUUCCGUUACAAACGCAUAGUAUCAGAGUAUCCAUAAAACAUCCGAUCUGGUUUCGAGGCGGUGCUCUGUCGGCGUCGGCGUCAGCGUCCUCGUCAAAGAAAAAGAAGAAGAAGAAAUCGAAGAAGGCGGCUGGUCAAGACUCUAAGCCGGCGAAAAAUGCUAUCGCCAAUGCGAUGGAGAAAGAUUCAACCGAAGCUCUCGGCGAUGCGAUUCGCGAACGAGCAGACAUCUUGCGUGAUGAUGAUCCCUUGCUAAAAUCAAUUGAAUGGUCCAUAGCUUCCGUCGGGUAUGCCAUGGGAGCUUCGGAUCAACGGAUGUCUGAAGGAGGUGGUGUUGAAGCAGCAACAACGUCGGUUAUCGCCAAUUAUUUCUUAAAGUCUCACGGGGGGGUUCAUGGUUUACAAUUUGCAUGCAGCUUUCUCGCCAGCAUCUCAGGGCUUUGUGUUUUGCUGUUCCAAAACUCGUCUCAAGCGCUCGUCAUGCUACAGCGAACUAUGAUCUUUGCAAUGAUCAAGCACGUGUCAGGUAUCUUCGCAGCUGCUUCCAUCGCUGCAAAAGCCAUUCCUAAGAUUGGCUUCAGCAACGCAAGACAAUGGAUGGAGAAACUUGUUCUCGAUCCUGUGUCACAAUAUGUCUUCUUUACUGCUCUGGUGCUGGUUUGGCUCCCGUCUAUGGUAAAUUUGGAUUCGUGCUGGUGGUGGGGAAAGACCCCUCUUAUGUUUGUGCUCGUGGGCCCCAUUUUGAGUCGAGAAAUCAUUUCCAGUGCGCUAGUCGUUGCAGAUGUUCUUGUUUUAUUGAGUAUAAGCACAGACUCGAAACUGGUGGAUAGCGUGCUCAAAGUUGCAAACUCAACGGUCAAUGCAAUCAUGAGCUUGUUAGGCUCAGCCAAGUCAUGGAGGACCGCAGAUCCAAGCAAACGGCAAGCUAUACUGGCGAACUUAGUUUCAGACACGUCACUCGGAAUGGAAGUCGGUGUGGGCCUGUUGAUGCUUGCGGAUACAGUGUAUUCGCUGUCAAAGUUCGCAUUUGCAAGUGGGCAGAUUCGUCCACCAUUUCAGGAAAUGCUCUCAAAACUUUUGUGCAUUCGUCUCUACAUCCAUUUUUUGUGGAUUAGGCGGAAAAAGAUUACUAAAGUUUCGAUGAGCGUCCGAGGUGGUGCGCUGAAAUUUCCAUUUUGGUUCUUGGACAUUUGCGACCACCCACUAAGUGCGAUGGGUAUUGCAGAUGAUGGGAUUGGAAAUGGAGUAGAGUCUCAACUCCAAUCGUGGAAAGACUAUGCCAGGACAGCGCUCGCCUUUUAA